CAUCGGCUCUUUUUCGCUGGCUUUGUGACAAAGAGCGAGCGAGUGAACUCUUUGGGAUUUGUGUGUCACGCUGACAUUUACACUUGAACAGCUCGAAGGCCACUUGGUAAAAGAGAUUCCAUUUGGCGAUGGGGGGCAGGGGGGGCGGGCCCACGCUCUCAUACCGACAAUGCAAAUCCACUUUCAAAGCGCCGGUGAUAUCCCCACCAAAGUAUCCGGCGGCCGUUUCUGCCACGUCCGCAAACGUCAGCGUACUUCGCUGCUCCAACAAGAGAGUUCACAAAGUGUGUGGGAGGAAGAGGAGAGCGGCUGCCUGAGCCAAAAAUCACUGCAACACGCCUACGACACGCCAGUACGCGUGUUUGUGUGUAGGUGCGUGUGUAUGAGUUUAGUUUCCCCUCAUUUCACCAUUUUUUUUUACUCCUCUGUUGCAUUUGAAUUAUUCUCCCGAUUUUUCUUAUUUUUUUUAAUCAUCCUUCAAAAGAUAUGCAUUCAAAUGCAGCUUUUCAAGACAAAAAUAUACAAAUCAGACUUGUCUUUUCCCCCUUUUAAAAAGCCAAAAAUGUGACACCUUUUCCUAAUAUGGACCCUGAACAUGUAAACGUAUAAAAUGAACCGAAGUAUAACUACUGUCUGUAUUGUAGAAUCCAUGUUUUGUAUGUGUGCCUUUUCAGCGGCGUGGACUCGUGAGUGACAUCGGGAACUGGAGCCGGUUUGGCCAAUUAGCGCACGUGACCUGUUUUUGUAACACUGAGGGGCGGCUUUUCAGGUGUCCAUGUUCCGAUCAUAAGGCCUUCAAGUCAUAUCAUACGCUACUGUGUGCGCGCUUCCGUGUGUGUGCUUCCACACACUAAAGUUGACCUCAAUUUCCAGCCAAGGUGCGAAGCGCCCAUAAGCCCAGUGGAAUGUAAUAAGGUACUGCCAAGUUGCGUCUUUUCAUCCACAUCCACCAGUCCUUAACCUCUCUCGCCAUUUCGCCCUCCAUCCCGCAUAACGUCUGGCACCAACUCGCCGCUGUCUCCUGUUACUUGUGCUGUAGUUUCCUCCCCAAUUUUCUGGUUUCUGCUUUCUGGAGAUGAAGAGAAGCGUCUGCUGUCUGUUUCUCCUGGUGAUCUGCUUCCACGGCUGCCGGGGCGAUCCCCCGGUGCCGCAUCUGAUCUUCAUCAUGGCCGACGACCAGGGCUACGGCGACGUCGGCUACCACGGCUCGGACAUCCGCACGCCCGUGUUGGAUCAGCUGGCGGCGGAGGGGGUGAAAUUGGAGAAUUAUUACGUUCAGCCCAUCUGCUCGCCCUCUCGUAGUCAACUCAUGACAGGACGCUACCAAAUUCACACCGGCUUGCAGCAUUCAAUCAUCCGUCCACGUCAACCCCUCUGCCUCCCCCCGGACGUCCCCACCCUGCCCGAGCGGCUGUCGGAGGCGGGGUACGCCACGCACAUGGUGGGGAAAUGGCACCUGGGCUUCUGCAGGCCCGGUUGCUCGCCCAUAGGACGAGGCUUCCGCAGCUUCUUGGGCACGCUCACCGGGAGCGGAGACCACUUCUCCUAUCAGAGCUGCGAUAAUGCCGAAGCUUGUGGAUUUGACCUGCAUGACGGCGACACGCCGGCGUGGGACAUGGCGGGGAAUUAUUCCACUCUGCUUUACGUCGAGAGAGUGAAGCAGAUCCUGAGAAAUCACGACUCUGGCACGCCUCUCUUCCUCUACCUUUCCCUCCAAGCCGCCCACACACCCCUACAGGCACCCGACCACUUCCUGGACAUGUACUCGUUCCAGGACAAUCGCAUCCGGCGUCACUACGCGGCGAUGCUCAGUUGCCUGGACCACGGCGUCGGUCAAGUCGUCGACCAGCUAAAGGCGAGCGGUCUUUAUGAAAACUCGGUUGUGAUCUACUCGUCAGAUAACGGAGGGCAGCCUCUUUCCGGGGGAAGCAACUGGCCGCUUCGAGGCGGCAAAGGGACGUACUGGGAGGGGGGCGUCCGGGCGGUGGGCUUCGUCCACAGUCCCCUCCUGAAGACCAAGGGCGUGGUCAGCAAAGCGCUCAUCCACGUCUCCGAUUGGUACCCCACGUUGCUGUCCCUGGCCGGCACCCCGCAGUGCCAGCGGGGCCUGGACGGUCACGACGUUUGGGGCGCCAUCAGCGAGGGGCUCCCCUCCCCUCGCACGGAAAUCCUCUUCAACAUCGACCCGGUCUCCAGGAAACCCGGGGAGCCCUAUGACAAGGCCUUGGGACUCAACGGCUUCGGGAUCUGGGACACGGCGGUGAGAGCAGCGAUCCGCGCCGGGGAUUGGAAGCUUCUGACGGGAAACGUGGGAGACGGCGACUGGACACCCCCGCAGGCUUUCGCAGACGGUCCGGAGCGCUGGCAGGGUCUUGAGAAACGCCGCAAUCAGGUGGGCAAGUCGGUAUGGCUGUUCAACGUCUCCUCUGACCCUUAUGAGAGGUGCGACAUGGCCGGAUCGCGGCCGGAGAUCGUCAAGCAUCUCCUGACCAGGCUGGCGGAGUACAACCGCACCGCCGUGGUGCCGAGAAACCCACCCGACGACCCCAUGGCGGACCCCGACCUUCACGGUGGAGUGUGGGGACCCUGGCUGGGACUGGAGGGCCAAGAGGGACAAGACGGAGAUGGGCCUGGCAGGAAACGCAGGGGGACACGAGUGAAGCAAUGCAAGAUGUGCAAAUUAAGAGCGCUGUUUAAAAAUGUGAGGUCGCGUCUGCAGAAGAACGCCGUGUUCUUCUGAUGACAUUAAUCUGUUCUGUUCCAGCCAAAGACAUUGAGAGGGACCGUAAAAAAUUGAAGUGAAAUGUAUUGAUCCCGUCAUUGGAUAAGAAGUAGUUUUUCAGCCACCCGCCAUCAGUCCCUCAGCUCCCCUCUCUGGCGUUCCCCCCUGUCUGCUCAUCCUACUCACGACUGUGUUCCGCACAGCUCCAUCAGAUACUCGUUAAUAGUCGAGGUACAUCCUGUAUGUGUCAGGUCCGCAUGUGCAAACAUUUGACUGAAUUUACUGUACCCUUCUUUUACCGCCCCCAAACCCCCUCACUCAUUUGAUUUGAAGUGCCAUUUUGUCCCAGCUAUAUAGUGCUACAAGUCAAACAUAUUUUAAAUGCAUUGUGGUGCAAGGGUCAGACUCAAGACCACUUUUUAACCAUGAAAAUGUUUCUUUGGCACAGAUUGUCAUUUUUGUUUUACAGAGUGCCCCCUGCUGGACAUUAAAAAAAGUGAAAUUCGUCCAGUGCCAA